AAGUGAUCUAUUAAUGAAAUAACAGAAAGUAUUUUGCCUUCAAUUGUAAACCUACAAUUGUCAAAGAAAAACGAAAGAAGUAACUAGUAAGUUAUAGUUAUAGUAAUAGUAAUAUUUUUUAUUUUUUUAAUUAUUAUCACAUUUUUCAGCCAUGACAUCAAGCAGCGGGCCUUUAGAGAUAACUGGCAAUGAGUUUGUUCACGUCUUAAGGACAUCCAUAGACCAGUUCACCUCUGCUGGGUGUGUGGUCUUGGACUGCAGACCUUUCCUUGAUUUUGCUUUGACGCACAUUUUCGAGUCUCGAAACGUCAACUGGAACUCGAUGCUCCGCCGCAGGUCCAAGACCUCGGUGGUGGCUCUGGAGUGGCUGGUCCCCAACAAGGCGCUCCUAGGCCGGCUUCGGCGCGGGGACUUCUCCCUUGUGGUUGUGGUGGAUGAGAGAAGCCACUCCGUGGCCGAGCUCAAAGCCGAGAGCGUGGCCCAGAUGCUGCUCACCGCCUUGCAAAACGAAGUCCAGACGCAGAUUUGCUUUCUACAAGGUGGAUUUGAAGGAUUUUCAGAGGCCUACCCAGAGCUCUGUUACUAUGCCAGCAAUAACUUCUUAACAGUGGAACCAGAGCCAAUAGUGACAGGCCGGACAACACCAGCAUAUGAUCAGGAUGGUGCAGUGGAGCUGCUGCCCUUCCUGUUUUUAGGCAGUGCCAUCCACUCCUCGCGCAGAGAGACCCUUGCAGCAGCGGGAAUCACAGCUGUUCUCAAUGUUUCUUCCUCAUGUCCAAACUUCUACGAGGGGGAGUUUCAGUACCUCCGGAUCAAUGUGGAGGACAAUCUGGCUGCUGACAUUAGAGCUUGCUUCGCCACAGCUAUCGCCUUUAUCGAUUCAGUGAAGCAAAGUGGUGGUCGCGUGCUGGUGCAUUGUCAGGCAGGUAUCUCCCGCUCCGCCACCAUCUGUCUGGCCUACCUCAUGCACACCCAGCGUGUCCGGCUGGAGGAGGCCUUUGACUUUGUGAAGCAACGGCGUCAGGUCAUCUCCCCUAACCUGGCCUUUAUGGGACAGCUGCUACAGUUUGAGACAGACGUUCUCUGCCAGGGAUGAAGACAUGUCAAGAGAAAGGAAAAUUCACAUGACUGUAGUGUUUUUUUGUUUUGUUUUUUGUUUUUAAUUAACUCCCCUUGGUUGUGCUGGACUCAAAGCAUUAUCAGGACUCAAAUCAUAGAACAUUUCAGAAGUGUACAUUUUGUACAGAAAAUCUGGCUGUGUUGCUGGCAUCACAUGUCCGGUGAAACUCGACUCCUACUUUCAGGAGAAACUGAGAACAACUGUUUCAACAAAUUGCACUUGACAGUAUAAACCACACUGAAAUAACCACAUAAUGGAAAACUCUGAUUCUGAGCCAGCACGUUUGAGCAGCUAUGAGGUAAUUUCCCUGAUGUUUUAUACGUUAGGGGAAUUGUGUGUGU